AUGGAGAAAGAACUUAGAGAAGAUUAUCUGGAUAGAUUGCAUACGCUGCAAGAGAUUGUCAAGAAUAUUAAUGUUACGGAAGAAAAUGUGAGGGAGAGAGCGGAUCAACUGGAUCCAGAUUCGAGGAGAAGAUUUCAAUUCUCCUGCUCUCAUAAUGGCAAAUGCAGAACCAACUUUGAGCUGGAAGGAAGACUGACAUUCCAUGGCAAUAAAUUUACGAUUUCAAAUUUUCAGCUCACAGACGGCGGAUACUGGAUUUACAUGCUUUCUCACCAGGGCGACCUUGAAUUCGAAGCAUCUUCUGAAGUCUCCUUCAUUCAAGUCUGGAACCAGGACUCGACCGUCUCCGCCAGCUGGACGCAAAGUCCUGGAGCAGCGAGACAGGCUGUUUGCCAAGCAUCGUCAAACCCCGCCCCGAAAAUCGAGUGGGCCGAUUCAGCUGUUCAUGAAAAAUCUUCGCUCUCUUGCUCCUCAACGAUUUCGACCAGGUCUUUAUCAGAAGAAGACCUCUCAAUCUCCAUUUCAAAAGGUCAAAAACUCAUUCAAUGCCGCCUAUCCACCCAAAAAUGGACCCUAGACGAGUUGGCCGAAGAAAAGCGCUCCUCAGAAUUGUAUUUUGACUGGCCAAAGUGGGAGCGCAAACGACUUUACAAGCCCGAUCUGAAUGAAGCGUUCGAUUUUACAGUGCUUUUAUCGGGACAACUGAUUGUCGAAAUUGAGCAAGUUCCAAAAACAACAUCCGGAGUGGCCAUUGUGACGCAGGACACGCUUCACGCCACGUCAGGAAGUCGAUAUCUUGUCGGACAGGAUUCAAUAAAGACGGCUAACGGGGAUUUUACAGUCGCUCAAAAUACCGAGGAAAAAAAAUUGCAAGUGAAAGUGGAGAAAUUUGGGAAAACUGGCGAGUUCGGAUUCUUUGUUGAGUUUUUUGAUGAAAAUGGAGUUUUGGGGGAAUCGAAUGUUUUUCACUAUUCAGUCGUCGGAUCAGAAUCAAGUGGUCAACCCUCCGUCCAACAAAUAACCGACCAUGUCUAUUCCACCGAAGACCUCCCUUACUCCCUGAUCGCAAUCUGCGAGCAAAAGUUCUACUUUCCUCUGAACAAAAUCUGCUGGUUCCGAAAGCGCUCAUCCGAAAACAAACCUCCCGAGCCGAUAACAAAAUGCUUCGAGCAUCAGAAACUGCCGCUGUAUUUGAACUACACUGAAAUGGUCGAACUGGAAGAAUACGAUAUCGGAUGUGCUUCGGCAAACAACUUGGGGACGAUUAUUUCACCGCUGAUUUCGAUAAGCGCGAGGCAGGUCAAUGCUUUUGAGCCGCCAAAAGAGGUUGAAAUGACGACAGGGAAGGGAUGGAACAUUUUCGGCUGCGAUUCUUGA